AUGGAUACCGGCCCAAAGCAAAGUAGACAGAUAAAUCCACGGUACAAGGCAAACUUACUGUCCAUACUUACAUUUGGGUUUACUAUAGAGACUUUUAAGCUUGGUUACACGCGAGAUAUCAAGGAGAGUGACCUAUAUGCACCAUUACCGGAACACCGCUCUGAUGUCGUAGGAGAUGCAGUUCAAAAAGCUUGGGAUCAAGAGAUGGAGAGAUGGCGUGACGGCGACAGCCAUCAUAAACCCAGCCUGUGGAGAGUGCUAACCAAAGUAUUCGGCCAAGAGCUAAUGCUAUACGGUCUUAUACUAGCGGCAAUGGAACUCAUCAUCAGGUUAGUUAAAUAAGUCAGGUUAGGUAUUAACUGGAGGUUUAAUGCCCCGGACUUAUAAUAUUAGACUAGCUGUAACCCGCGGCUUCACCUAAGUGGUUCGAGGGUACUGUGUGCACACAGAUCUGCUAUACUGGAGUCUUAAGCUAAUAUGAAUUAAAAAUCUGCCAGUAAGCAUUAACCUUUAUAUCAUCAUCAUUAGCAUAUCAACGUAACCAUUGGGGCAUAGGCCUGCCCAAAACCAAUUAUGGAAAAUCUACCGGUGUUUCUGUGUAUAACGGACAUUUCUUCAUAGAAUAGUCCAGUUACUCUUUUUUCCAUUUUAGUGCGCAGUAGAAUCGACACGCCUUGCAAAAAUACAAACAAAUGUUUUCUUUGAAAUAAUAAUAUUUUUAUUGAAGUUAUAUUCUACACCUGAUCCUCAUAGCAACUUGAUGGUCAGCUUGUUCUUGCUUUCUCAAUUCAGUAUUUUUAGACAUUUUAGUGCUUCACGUGCGCGGAAUUUUGCCAACGGAUAUUCUGCCAUCUCUUCAAUUUGGAGGUAUCCAACGUAUAUAAUUUUGUCCACUCAGUAUUUUUUUAAUGAUUCGAAAUUUGAAUACAUAAUUUGUGAAGCCAACUUAAGUACCUAUGAUAGUUUUCCUAUUAAAUUCGUUACAUACACUAUUGCCAUAACGUUGAGUUUUUAACAAGAACCGUUUAGUUGGUAGAGGUGGGACAUUGGACUGUAACGAAAAUUGGCACUUUGAAGCUUAGAUAUAUCGAAAAACGGUAUCCCCACACCCCUAAUAUUUUUGAAAGUCCUAUCCAACGGUACGCGGGGGUAUGGGAAUGACAAGAUAUAAAAAAUGUUCAUCCUCACCAUGAUCAAUAGAGCGUUUGAAAUAAACUGAUAAUUUUAUGUUUGGAUCAGGCGCUAAAAGUGAACUUACAAGCGAUGUCUGAGAGUAGUGCUGGUCUGGUAGUGAACUUAAUGGCAAACGACGUCAAUAGGUUUGAUACCGGGCCACUUUUCAUCCACUAUUUAUGGAUUGGACCCUUAGAAACUUUGAUAGCGGAAAUGAUGGUAGCAGUUCAAAGAAUUCGUGACUAUUUGCUAUCUGAAGAGUGUAGUUUGCCACCAAGGAUCCUUUUGGAACCCACUAGAAUGACUGCAAAGCCAAAAAAGAAGGUUACUAUUUUAGAGCCUCCCAAGAAUGAAAUAGCGAUAAAGUUUGACGCAGCUUACAGCCGUUGGAUAAAGUCAUUAGGAAAAAAUGACGUCAAAGAUAUAAAUUUAGAGGCCGAUAUAUAUUUAUUAGACGAUCCUUUAUCAGCUGUUGAUACUCAAGUCGCUAAACAUAUAUUCGAAAGAUGUAUCAAAAGAUAUUUGGCUGACAAAACAGUGGUGCUUGUAACUCAUCAACUGCAGUUUAUAAAAUCUGUUGAUCAAAUCGUUGUAAUGGAUAAAGGAAAAAUUGUAGCUGAAGGAGGAUUCAAGGAAUUACAAGAGAAAAAUUUGAAGAUUAUUCAGUUGAUGGCGAACAAUUUACAAACGGUUCAUGAAGACGAUCCACGCCUUAAUGUGACCAGUACGUCCGUAGCACAGCUCAGUGCAAUGAGUCUACAAAGGCGGCGUCUAUCUAUGGUGUUCAAAACAAGUUUCCUAGCCAAAGACCUACGGUAUACCCUCUUCUUAGACGUGAGACCUGAAAAUCCGUGGCAGAGUCGCAGAGAACCUAAAAUCGACUGA